AGGGUUGAGGUUAGAAUAGGUUUGGUUGUUUCUCUUCACAAUAAUAAUUUAUUCCUUCUUUAAUUACUGAUACAGUAUUGCUGAGGAAGAUAAAACAAAUCAGUAAGACAGAUUAUCUUUUCAACAAACUACAGAACGAAGUUAGUAAUUACUUUCAUUAUCAUAGUUGAACAGAUAAAGUAAUCGCUCUUUUCAAUAAUAACUGUCCUCAAUCUUGUUAUUGCCGGUAAAGGUAUUAUCUCAAAACGGAUUGAGCUUGAAUAUUGUCUUCUCAUCAGUUAUUGAGUCGGUAAGAGACGUUCAUGAUUUAGAUGUUUUAGUAUGCCCAUUCAUUUAUAAAAUAGUAUGAUAUGCUUUCAUUAAGAUUGGUUAUGACUACGAUGUAUAAGGUUGAAAAAAUUUCAAAGCCACUAACUCUUGGUGAAGGACCACACUGGGAUGUGGAGACGCAGUGUUUGUAUUAUGUGGAUAUCAAGAGUGGAUCAAUUCAUUGCUACAAUCGGGAAUUAAAUAAGAACUAUUCAGCCGUCGUAGGUGAAGGCAAGAAACCAGUGUCGCUGAUAAUCCCAGUCGAGGGACAAAGUAACAGAUACAUGAUAAGUGUGAAAAACGACGUGGCGCUAGUAACGUGGGAUGGAGCUAGUACUGAUGUCACAGAUCUAGAGGUGAUCGCCAGCCUGGAGCCUGCCGAUAACACUAAUCGACUCAACGACGGCAAGGCUGAUCCUAAGGGAAGACUGUGGGCUGGAACAAUGGGGAGACAGAUCAUUGAUGAAGUAACCCAGGAGAAGACUUAUGAACUGGAAAAAGGCUCCCUGUACCUUCUGUACAAAGAUAAGACCGUUAAGAAACAAUUAACAAAACUGGGUAUUGCCAAUGGUCUAGCCUGGACUGUUGAUAAGAAGAAGAUGUACUACAUUGAUUCGAUGAAGAAGAGGGUGGAUAGCUAUGACUAUGACGAUGACACUGGGAAUUUGUCAAAUGAAAAAGUUGUAUUCGAUUUCACAAAGAACGAGAUUCCUGGAUUCCCGGAUGGAAUGACUAUGGAUGCAGAGGGAAAGCUGUAUGUUGCUAAUUAUGGAGGAAGUCAGGUGUUGAAAAUCGACCCCGAAUCGGGUGAUCUGCUGGACAAAAUAGUAAUUCCGGCUUUGAACGUGACGUCAGUGGCGUUUGGGGGCACCAACUUGGAUGAGCUGUACGUCACAACCGCCUCAGCUGAUAAGCCUACAGUCGAAGGUGAGGAGAACGAUGGCUGCCUCUUCCGCGUCACAAGCAUAAAUGCUAAGGGCCUUCCAGCUCACAAUAUUAUAAUUUGAAACUGUUCUAGAACAUUCUAAAAUUUCUUUGAAGCAUUUUAUAAUAUUAAAACUAUGGACGACCAGUUCACAAUAUUGUGAAAUUGGAAUGAAAUUAUAAUGUAAAUUGAAACUAUUAUAGGAAAUUCGUAAAGUUUCUAAAUCAAUAUGCAACAUUUCAAGCUAUUGGUCUUCCAGAUCUCAAUAUUUUAAUAUGAAACUGAUCUUAAACAUAAAAUUUCUAAAGCAUUCUACUACAUUGAAGCUACAAACUAAGGGGCUUCCAUCAAUAUUCUAAAACAUCUAUUAGCUAAAUUACCGAAAUGUUGCAUUUAAUUUAUAAAUUUGAUAGGAUCUUUGAACUCCUUAGAAUGGUCUGCAACAUUCCAUACCAUAGAGCUGACAGAAUGUGAAUUUCUUCCAUAAACUAGCCAAACAAUCUCUAACUCAUCGCAUCUUUUGGAGAUUACAUACAAAAUAUUCAAGACUAUUUUGAUAAUUUAUAGAACUCUCAAAGAUUUAUAGCUCAUUGCAUUUAAUGUAUAUCUAGUUGAAAAAUAUUUUGAAACGUAAUACGACUAGAUCGUUUUAGAAUACACUAGUGAAUUCAUUUGAAUGUGAUUGUCUUCCAGUGAGCAGUUGAAAUGUGUGUUUAGUACUCUUAUAAUGUAGAUUAAAUGCUAAAUAUUCUAUAGCAUUUCUAGAACAGUAAUGCUCGUUUCUUUAGGUGUGAAUGUGCUACAUUCACCAGUUGAACGAUCUAUAAGUACCGUACCUAGCUUAUUACAUUAUAAUUUAGAUUAGAUUACAAUAUUCUAGAAUUUGGAAGUUUUCAAUUUACAAAUUAGAUUAUGUGAAGCUUUGUUUCCAAUAUGUAAAUCCAAUCCACAAGCAGUUGAAACUUCUAAAAAGUUGGAACGAUGUCAAAUUUGAAAUCUUUAGCAGUUUUAAUGAGUCUUCCACAUUAAUAAACUAGCAAUUUGUGUAACAAAAUGUAACCUAUUGUUGUGGUUUACCAUCUGUAAACUAAAUUUUAGUAAUUUGUGGCAAUGAAACUUUAAACUCUAAAAGCCUGCCUCGAUUAAACCCAUUCUAAAGCUUUGAAGUUUAUUAAAAUAUGAAUGUAACGUAUUGUUGAAGAGUUGUGAAACCUUAUAGUGAAAACCUGAAAUUGAAGUAGAUUAUUCAUGAAAAUUGGCAAGAAGUACCUAUCUUAUGAAAAAUCCAAAACAUAAGAAACAUCUUACCUUUGGAAAUGACUAAUUGAGUGCUCAAAACUGUUUGCUUUACAAAAUUGCAAUCAAACUAAUGUGGGUUCGAUUGUCAUUCCACAUGGCAUUUUUAGCAUCAUCCCCUUACCUCAUUAGCCACGCACAAGUCAAAGACUUUUGUUGGCAGAUAAUCAUAACUACAUUCUUGAGAAUAACGAUCGUUUAAAUACAAAUGUCACCUUUUCGGGAACUGAUUCCAAAAAUAAAUUUAUUCAUCCAUAUUACAUGAUUCUCUUGCUGAUUAUGAUGCCCACAUACGUCUGUGACUUGUGCGUGGGUAAUGAGGUGAGAUGUGAUACAAUGAAUGCCAGGCGAAAUGAGAAUCAAACUCACGUUUGUCUGAAACAACUUAGGAGAAAUAACACAUAAUAUCUAGAACAAUAUUCAAAUGUACUUCCCAUGUUACUUCCAAAGGUAAUAUGUGAAUUUAGAAUUUGGAAUUCUAUCUGUAAGAUACUUAUUGGCAGUUUUUAUUCUCUUAUAAUCUACCAAGAACUUCUUCUCCUCUUCUUCUUCUUCAUCAUCAUCCAACCCAUUUUUUCUGCUGCAUGUUGGGUGUUGCUCGGCACAGGCUAUAUUAUUCUUCUAACUCCAC